UUCAGAAAAUGCAUACUUUGUUAAGGUUUCGAUUAAAAGGUUUUGUGCUAUUAGGAGUUGAAUGCACAAUGGUCGCUAGGGGUACCCUGAUACCUUAAGCUUGGUCCGAAAUAAACUUAGAUUUUAUGAAAAGUAGGAUGGGAUUUUAAAGUUUUUAUAAAUUAAAGAUUAUAAAACAUUUACUACUUUUCUGAAAAUCCAGUUUAGGUUUUCCAGCACCUCCUGAACAAAUACCAUACAAAAAUCACAUAAAAUCCUAGCCCGCUACAAUGGAUGCAUCAAAGAUCAUGGUAUUUGUCAGUGCAGUCAUGAACUAUGCAAGUCAUGGACACUUGGACCUUCGCAGCCAAGACCUACUCGACCUCUAUCAAGAAUGCCUUUUCAUGGCUCAAUCCUUUGGUGACAUCUCUAGUGCCAUUCAGUUAUACUUGCUGCUUGGCUUAUUGAAUGAAGAAAUGAAAAAUGCUAAAGAAUCGUUAAUAUAUUACAAAGGUUUUCUAAAUGCUGCAGAGGAACUAGGUGAUGAAUCACUUAAGCAAAAGGCGUACACCCGGUUAGGAAUUACAUAUCAGAGGCUAGAAAUAUAUGACGAAGCUAUCAAGUGUUUUCAGAAGUGCUUAGACAUUGCCAUGGCAACAGGAGACAAAAACGAGGUGAGGUUUUUCUACAAAAAAUUAGGAAGCCUCUACGAGAAAACACACCAGUUCCAGCAAGCUAUAUCUUGCCAUGAAAAAUUCCUAGAAGCUGCAUCAGAACCGAAUUCUAAAAAGGAGGAACUAAGCGCUAAUGCAAAGUUAGGCAUUUUACAUUUUCAUCUGGGGCAAUACCUCAAGUCAGUGGGAUAUUCCAAAAAAGCUGUUAAAAUUGCUAAAGGCUUAGGUGAGAGAAAAGAAGAAGGAGACGCUUAUGGAAACCUAGGAAACGCUUACCAGAAGUUAGGCAAGUACGAAGAAGCAGUCCAGUGUUUUGAAAAGUACUUGGGGUUUGCAAAGGAAGUAGGUAAGAAGGAAGUARAAAGAAURAUAUACUGGAACUUAGGAUGUGCAUUCAAAAAGCUAUCAAAGUACGAAGAUGCCAUUGCUAAUCUUGAAGAAUUCCUCAAGAUGUCUAUUAGUAUGGGUGACAAGAAAGGAGAGAUGAUGGCAUAUGGUAACUUAGCAAACCCUUACGAAAAGUUAGGCAAAUAUGAUAAGCUGAUYGAAGUYUCAGAAAAAAGUUUAAAGAUUGCACAAGCAAURAAAAACAAAGAGGGAGAAGCAGUGGCUUGUCUGCAUUUGGGAGUUGCCUACCARACAUUAGGGGAGCUCCAUAAAGCCACCRAAUUUCAUGAAAAGAGUYUAAAGUUUGCCCAAGAAAUUGGURACAAGAAGAUCGAGAGCCAKGCCCAUACAAACUUGGGGAAYRCCAAUCGAAUGUUAAGAGAGCAAAACAAGGCCACCACGCAUUAUGAGGAAAGCAUGAGGCUUAGCAGAGAGUUGAAAGAUAGAGAAGGAGAGAUUGAUUCCUUUUUGAAUCUAGGAGUUCUCUACGCAGGGUCAGGGAGGUACCAAGAAGCCAUGACAUGUUACCAAAAGAGCCUUGAUAUCUCUAUGGAAACAGGAAGCAAGCAUGGAGAAGGAACAGCCUAUGUGAACAUGGGAAGUGUUUGCUCAACAUUAGGCAAGUACCAUGAGGCAUAUGUUUACUUUGAAAAGGCUCUUGCUGCCUUCAAAGAUGUAGGAUACAGGAAACGAGAGGGGGAAGUGUACAGAAUCCUUGGGAAUUUUUACGCAAAUUUAGGAAUGUACAAGAAAUCUCUCGAAAAUUACCAAAACAGUUUCGAUAUUGCUAAAGAGACUGGAGAUAAAAUGGGUCGAGAAAGUGCUUUGGGCAACAUGGCGUCUGCCCAUCAGAAACUAAAUAACUUCUCCGAGGCCUUGGAGAAGUACGAAGAGUGUCUGGAGAUUGCUCAAAAUAUCGGCGAUAAGAUCGGAGAAGGAAGGACAUUUGCUAACAUUGGGAGUCUUCACCAGUCGCAAUGUGAAUAUGACAAGGCCCUUGACUUCUAUACGAAGAGUCUUAAAAUUGCCCAAGAAAUUGGUGACAAAAAAUCCCUUGCAAAUGCAUAUGGAAACCUAGGAGGCCUUUUUGUUUUGUUGGAAAAAUACGACGAAGCAAUUGAAUCUGGUGAAAGGAGCUUGCGCAUUGUUGAAGACACAGGAGAGAGAAGGAUCGAAGGAAAGGCUUACAAUAACCUUGGUUCAGCUUACCACCACAUAAGUAGCGAUACGAAUAAAGAUGCAAACACCCGUCAACAAGCAAAAGAAAAGGAGAUCUUCUACUUGCAAGAGGCUUUGAAGAUCUGGGAAUGGUUGUACGGCCAUCUAGGGGACAAGGAUGAAUUCAAGAUAUCCAUCGUUGAUACGUAUAUCAUCACCUACAAAAUGCUUACAGCAGUGCUGAUUGAAAACCAGGAAAUAGAAGAAGCUCUUCUGGUUUGUGAUAGAGGAAGAGCUCGUGCCCUAGGUGAUCUUUUGUACUCCAAGUACAGUAUGAACAAUGAAGAUGGCUCUGAGAACGCAUCCCACCUGGAAAAGACGGACAUAGAAAACGUUUGCUCUGCAAAUGUUUCCAUUGUGUCAUUUUCUUUCAAUAAGGGCAUUGUAGCAUGGGUCUUAGAGCAGCAAAAGGCGUUACAUUUCACUGAAUGUGAUAGUAAAAUGUUGAUUACUCAUGCUGAAGGUAAUAUCUCGCAAAAGAGUGGAAAAAUCGAGGACAAAGAUCUUCAGAAGAUUCUAUACCAGAUUAUCAACAGAGCGUAUGAGAGGAUGGAAAUCGAUGAGGAAGAGGAAGACAAAUCUAUGGAAUCACUCAGUGGCAAUACCAACAACUUGAAUGUUAAUAGUGCUGCUAAGGAAUCGUUGCUUGGGUCUUCAGAUAAUGAAGCUCUGACUCACAUGGAUGGCGAAAAGGCAACAACCGAGAGUCAUCAAUACCCGGGUCCAAAAGACAGCGACUAUAUAUUCAACGUCUCUGACGGUUCUUGUGAUGUCCAUCAAUCGUUAUCCGGGUCUUCAGAUAAUGAAGUUCUGACUCACAUGGAUGGUGAAAAGGCAACAACCGAGAGUCAUCAAUACCCGGGUCCAAAAGACAGCGACCAUAUCUUCAACGUCUCUGACGGUUCUUGUGAUGUCCAUCAAUCGUUAUCCGGGUCUUUGGAUAAAGAAGCUCUGACUCACAUGGAUGGUGAAAAGGCAAAAAGCGAAAAUCAUCAACCCCCAGGUCCAAAAGACAGCGACCAUAUCUUCAACGUCUCUGUCGGUUCUUGUAAUGUACAGCCAUCGUUGCCCGGGUUUUCAGAUAAGGACGCUUUUACUCGUAUAGAUUUUGAAAAGGGAGUAAACGAACGUCAGCUACACCCGGGUACACUUAACAGGGAUCACGAUGCCACCUAUUAUGGAUCCAGUGAUGUCGAGCCAUCGUUGCCUGGGUCUUCAUUUGAAAGAGCCAUCACUCGUGGUGAUCAUCAAGGAACGUCAAGUGAUACAAACAUGGAUCCUCUAAAGUUGCUGUACACAGCAUUGAUUGCUCCAGUGAUUCAAAACCUCCAAGAAGAAGAAGAGAUCGUCAUCAUUCCGGAGGGGCCUUUGUAUAAGAUACCAUUUGCAGCUCUGAUUGAUCCAAAUACAGAGAAAUAUUUGUCUGAAACAAAGCGUAUUCGUAUCUCACCAUCAUUAUCAUCUUUAAGAACAUGGAAAGACAGUGCAAGAGACAAGUACCUUAACAUAGAUGCUAUGGUUGUUGGAGAUCCCGAAGUUGAGGACGUUGUAUUUAAAAAUGAGAACAAAACAUUCGAUCGCCUUCCAUCGGCUAAAAUCGAGGCUGAUGUUAUUGCAGCCAUGCUCAAUGCCAAGCCUUUGAUUGGAGCACAAGCAACCAAAGAAAUGGUCAUUAAGAAAUUACGAGAAGGUGCUGCUGUCAUUCAUAUUGCAGCACAUGGAGACUCCGAACAUGGACACAUAGUCCUUGCCCCUUCACCAAGAACAGAUGCAACAGGUAUCCCAGGCGAACAAGACUACAUGUUAACAAUGCAGGAGGUACAAGAGAUUGGUGUUACAGCACAACUUGUUGUCCUAAGCUGCUGUUACAGUGGUCGUGGGGACAUCAGGGCAGAGGGAGUGGUUGGAAUGAGUCGAGCUUUUCUUGCUGCAGGAGCUCGUGCUGUUGUGGCGUCGUUGUGGGCCGUUGACGACGAGGCUACAUUAAGUUUUAUGACAACCUUUUACACGUCUCUAAAGAUGGGAGAAAGUGCAAGUAAAAGCCUACAAAUGGCCAUGGAUGACAUAAGAGGAGAAGAAGAUUUUGAAGACCCAAAGUACUGGGCUCCUUUCUUUCUUAUUGGUGAUGAUGUCACCAUCAGUGUAUGAGCAAUGAGAGAGAACCAAGAUUACAGUGAACCAAAGUACUGGACUCCUUUCUUUCUUAUUGGUGAUGAUGUCACCAUCAGUGU